GUUCGGGUCCGGGAGCAACAUGGCGGCGUCCGUGAGGGGCUAGUUUUGGUACCCGGUAGUGUUUGGUGUCCCUGUCGUGAGCGAUAUCCGAGUGAAUCUUUCCCCGACUGGCAACUUCAGGAGUCGUGCACUAAUAAGUGGACAGCUUUAGUGCUUGUCGUCCCCUCGUAUCCCCUGCCGUCCGCUCGUAUUGGGGAAUAAGAAGCAGAGUCCGAACCACUGCCUAAGAUGAGCAACAUCUACAUCCAGGAGCCUCCCACCAAUGGAAAGGUUUUAUUGAAAACUACUGCUGGAGAUAUUGACAUAGAGUUGUGGUCAAAAGAAGCUCCUAAAGCUUGCAGAAAUUUCAUCCAGCUGUGUUUGGAAGCUUAUUAUGACAACACCAUUUUUCACAGAGUUGUUCCUGGUUUUAUAGUCCAAGGGGGAGACCCUACUGGCACAGGGACUGGUGGGGAAUCAAUAUAUGGAGCCCCAUUUAAGGAUGAAUUUCACUCGCGGUUGCGUUUUAAUCGGAGAGGACUGGUUGCCAUGGCAAAUGCUGGUCCUCAUGAUAAUGGCAGCCAGUUUUUCUUUACCCUUGGUCGAGCAGAUGAACUUAACAAUAAGCAUACCAUCUUUGGAAAGGUUACAGGGGAUACAAUAUAUAACAUGCUGCGACUGACAGAAGUAGACAUUGGUGAUGAAGAAAGACCAAGAAAUCCACACAAAAUCAAAAGUUGUGAGGUCCUGUUUAACCCUUUCGAUGACAUCAUUCCAAGGGAAAUUAAAAAGCCCAAAAAAGAGAAACCAGAAGAAGAAGUAAAGAAAUUGAAACCCAAAGGCACAAAAAAUUUUAGUUUACUUUCAUUUGGAGAAGAAGCUGAGGAGGAAGAAGAAGAAGUAAAUCGAGUUAGUCAGAGCAUGAAAGGAAAAAGCAAAAGCAGCCAUGAUCUACUUAAGGAUGACCCACAUCUGAGUUCUGUUCCAGCUGUCGAAAGUGAAAAAGGUGAUGCAACAGAAGAUUUAGAUGAUGAUGCAGAAGAUGAAAAUACAGAGCCUGACGAAUAUAUUGAUGGUGAUGAACAGAACCCAGUGAGAGAAAGAAUUGCAAAAAAAUUAAAAAAGGACACAGGGGCAAAUGUGAACUCAGCUGGAGAGGGAGAAGCAGAGAGGAAAUCAGUCAGCCGCAGUGAAGAGCUCAGAAAAGAAUCAAGACAAUUAAAGCGGGAACUCUUAGCAGCAAAACAAAAAAAAUUAGAAAAUGCAACAAAAGCAGAGAAAAAAAAUGAAGAGGAAGAAGCUGCUCCAGAUAGUGCUGUAGCUGAAUACAGAAGAGAAAAACAAAAGUAUGAAGUUUUGAGGAAGCAACAGGCAAAGAAAGGAACUUCCCGGGAAGACCAGACUCUAGCACUGCUGAACCAGUUUAAAUCUAAACUCACACAAGCAAUUGCUGAAACUCCUGAAAAUGACAUUGCUGAAACAGAAGUUGAAGAUGAUGAAGGAUGGAUGUCACAUGUACUUCAGUUUGAAGAUAAAAGCAGAAAAGUGAAAGAUGCAAGCAUGCAGGACUCGGACACAUUUGAAAUCUAUGAUCCUCGGAAUCCAGUGAAUAAAAGAAGAAGAGAAGAAAGCAAAAAGCUGAUGAGAGAGAAAAAAGAAAGGAGAUAAAAAUGGUAGUAAUGAUAACAGAACAUCCUAGAAAUGUGCCUGCAAUAAAUGGCCUUGUAACAGCCAUUGUUCCAACAAUAUCACUUACGGGUAUGAUAAGUAUUUUUGAACCUGUUGUCUUGUUUUGUAAAUUGUGGAAUGAUAUGAGCAAAUGCUUUUGGUUACUGGUACAUGCUUUUUUCCUAACUGACCUUUUAUAUUGCUAAAUUUGAAAUAAAAUCAGUUUCCUUCUAGUUUACACGUUAACAAUUUGCAGACUGUUCAAGCAUGUUUGUGCCCCUUUUCUGUGAAAUAUGUGAAGGCUUCUCUUCCAAGAUUUUUUAUAGGAAGUUCUUGCAGAAAAAAAAUAUUUGAGGGAAACUUCCCUGGCACUAACUUUGGAAUAUAAUAAAAAAUGUAAAAUAAAAUAUAAUAAAGGAAUAUAAAUAUUGA